UAUUGAUGAUGGUGGAGUUGCGAGUGGAGCUUUUACGCAAUCCCCAUUACCAUUACCAUUACCUUCCAAACCAACCCAUCAUAAGAUUCUUGUUCCACUUCCCUCCCUCUUUUCUCUCUCCCCUUCCACAUUACAUUCAGCACUCUCCGCACGUACCCACCUUGUACGUGUAUCCUCUGCUCUAUCUCUUUAGUUCUCCUGAAAAAUAUAGUCGAAAGUUCAAUAGUUUUCACAAAUUUUAAGAUUUUCUGUAUUGGGUUUCUGUUAUUUUCCCUUUCUAGUUCGUCUAGAAGGAAAAUUAUUCUGACCCACAUCUUGAGUUGGAACAAGAAUUGUAAUCUUUGGUAGUCUUUAUACCUUCCUCUGUUUCCAGAUUUCGUUAAGGUUAGUGUAUUUCGUAGUUUUUGUAAAAGAAAGAUAACAUGGGUAACAUGGGAAGUGGUGUUAAUGGGCGCCGGAGACACGGUAGCGGUAGGCGGAGCCACCCGCCUCCCCCACCACCGCAGCUGCCACCUUCGCAGCCUGAAAUUACCGCGAACCGAUAUGUAUUCGCGGCGGCGACUCCAUAUCCGAACCCGAACCCUCCUCCCUAUUAUCACUACCCGGGGUACUAUCAAGGACUGCCUCCGCCUCCGCCGUUGCCGGCUCCGCAUGAUCACCACCACCGCCCUCCGUCACACGUGGACCCUCAUUGGGUGGGUGGUCGGUACCCUUAUGGGCCUAGUGGACACCCACCUGCUCCUUAUGUGGAGCAUCAAAAGGCGGUGACUAUAAGGAAUGAUGUUAAUCUCAAGAAGGAAACUUUGAGGGUUGAGCCAGAUGAGGAGAACCCAGGGAAGUACCUCGUUGCUUUCACAUUUGACGCUACCGCCGCGGGAAGCGUCACCAUAAUUUUCUUCGCAAAAGAGGGUGAAGACUGUCAUCUGAUGCCAAUGAAGGAAAGCUUGCUUCCACCAGUGACAGUUCAUUUUCAGCAAGGUUUGGGCCAGAAGUUCAGACAACCCUCUGGAACUGGGAUAGACUUCUCAAUGUUUGUGGAGACGGAAUUAUUGAAAGAGGGUGACAUGGAAGUGUAUCCUCUAGCAGUGAAGGCUGAGGCCUCUCCAAUUAAUCAAAAUGGAUCAGCAGGUGGAAACUCAGAGUCUGGAGCCACAAACUCCCAGAUAACACAGGCACUGUUUGAGAAGGAGAAAGGUGAAUACCAGGUGAGAGUGGUGAGGCAGAUCUUGUGGGUGAGUGGAAUGAGGUAUGAGCUGCAGGAGAUUUAUGGGAUUGGGAAUUCAGUUGAUGGUGACUUCGACAAUGAUCCGGGAAAAGAGUGUGUUAUCUGCCUAUCGGAACCUCGGGACACAACUGUCCUUCCUUGUCGGCACAUGUGUAUGUGCAGUGGGUGUGCAAAAGUUUUGAGGUUCCAAACCACUCGGUGCCCGAUUUGUAGGUGUCCUGUGGAUAGGCUUUUGGAGAUCAAGAUCAGUGGUGGAACAGCCGAUUGAACUUCACUGUCUUGUAAAGUUCUUAAUUUCAUUCUGUUUUUCAUUUUUCUUUUUUCUGCAUAACCCCCUCUCGGGAAAGGUAGGAAUUUGCAUCAAUAUAUGCAUUUAUGCCCUGGGGAUAAUGUGCUAUCUUAAAUUGUUCUGACAAGUUUGGCAUUUCUUCUUCAAGUAUUGUUAUUUGACUUGAGAUAUAUAGUAAGUUUGGAUUGCUUCAGCAUUAGAAAGUCUAUUUUUUCCUUUUUCUCCUGGUUAUCUUUUCUUGAGCGGUGAUUUUAUUUAUACCGUAGAGUUUACAGGCAUCCAAGGCCUUGGUACAUGCUUUUGUCAAUGUUCGGAGUUUCAUCCACUCACAUAAAGGUACAGUUCAUGAUAGUUGGCCAGAGCAGCAUUAAUUUGGGAUUACAUAGUGGGUCUUUUAGUUUGAUGGCUUGAAGGACAACGGAGGAUUAUAUCACCGAAUGCAGCUUGCUAGAGUUCCACAAUAAUCUUUUUAGUGUCAUCAAUUUAGCUCCUUCAGAUACUUUUUUGUCAGCUUCCGGACAUGCCCUCUAGCCAUUUUUUCUAUUUGCAUCCCUGGAGUCCUAUAGCUAUCUUGCUGUAAAUGAACAGCCGCAAGAAGAGCAUCAUACACAUGCAAGUGCGUGACAAGCUCAAAAACAAGCUGCAGUCCGAGGAAAUCUAGCAAAUCGCUCAGUGAGUGGCAUUCAGGGGAUUUUUUGUGGUUCAUUGGCCUGACCUUAUCCUUUAAUUGGCUCUCUGAUCAUGUUAACUGCAGUGCUUAUUGAGACAUUGCUGGGGCCUUCUUUAUCAUGGAAAUCACAAGGAGGCUUCCAAAGCCAUUUGGGAGUACUCUGAAAUGCUUGAUGUGACUUGGCUUUAGAUGUUCAGCUAACUACUCAAAUUUUUUCUGAGCCAUAUUCAACUUCUGUAUACUAUUUGAGAGACUAGCAACUUUGAAGGAAAUUCGGACUGAUUACAUUUAUAAUCUAU